AUGCACCUGGUUUCUCUGAACCUCACCGAUCUCCUUGUAUCGCUUUUUCGGGGCACCAUCAAAUGCGAAACUACUGACAAGAAGACUGAAUGGGGCUUUGCUGUCCUUCAGGGCGAUGCUUGGAAGACACAUGGCGCACAGGUGGCAGACUGCACCCGAUUUCUCCCUGGUUCUUUCGACCGUCCUCCACGUAAUCCGGCCGAGAAGAUCAAGAGUGGCUACAAGGCGUGGGAGUUCCUCAUGUACAUUUUCGGUCUUGGUCCUUGUCUCUUCUAUGCCUCCCCACUUCCCAUUGAGUUCUUUCGCAACUUCUGUCGCCUUGUUCGGGCCAUUCGGAUCACGUUGGCAUAUACAAUUCAUGCGGACGACCUCGUGGAAGCACACAAUCACUUUGUGCAAUUCUCGACCGAGUUCGAGGAGUUGUACUACAAGCGCCGCCCAGAUCGUCUCCAUUUCAUUCGACAGAGCAUCCACGCCCUCUCACAUAUUUGCCCAGAGGUUCACCGCCUUGGCCCGCAAGCAUGCUACACACAAUGGGUGAUGGAGCGGGCAAUUGGCUCUUUUGUACAGGAGCUUCGAAACCAUUCCAAUCCCUACGCAAAUCUCUCAGAGCGUUUCAUCCGGAGAGCCCAGCUCAACGCACUCAAGGCCAUGUUCCCAGGGCUGGAGCACUCGAAGUACAAGACCGGAGAGUAUCCGAAGGGUGCCGAGGAAGUUGGAUCUGGAUAUGUGCUGCUGCGGGCAGUAGACGCGAAGGAGCACACGAUCCGCACAGCGGAGGGCAAGGCGCUGCGGGAUUACCUUCGCAAACAUGACCCUAUCAUACACAACGGAGAGAUUCGAUAUGGGGAAGUGCAGUACUUCCUGCAGCUCAACAUCGGAGCUCAAAAGCAAGCCGUCGCCUUGCUAUCACUCUGGAGCCUGCCAGAGCCGCAGCUCCUCGAGUUAUCUUACAGCACCAUCCAUUCCUGUCUUCCCAGUGGGGACGAGGGACUUGUCAUUAUCCCCGUGCACUGCAUCCAGUCCGUUGUGGCCAUGAUUCCCCAUCCAGCGCACAUCCCUUCCAACGACGGGCAUAUUGAAUAUCGACCGGUCAACGUGGCUGGUCGCUGGUGUGUCGUCGAGAAGCCCGGGCUAGAAGUAGCGUACCAUGCCGGGCGGAACGAAGAUAUAUUUGCACAGGAUGAGGGUAAUGGAGAAGGUGGACAGGGCAGUGCGGAGACGAUGAGAGGGGAUGACUAG